GUCUUGUAUCCAGCUGAUAACAUUUAUACCAAGGUCGUUCCUCGAAGAGCCCUGCCUGGCCCGGCCCUGAAGAGAAAGAGAGAGAAGGAAAGAGCUUUGCCUGGCCCUGAAAGAGACCUGUCUGUCCUGAAAGUUUGCUGGCCCUGAGAGAGCCCUAUCUGGACCACAGCGAAACUGUCUGGACCUAAGAGGGGAGGAUGAUAAAACUGUAUUAUGAUCUUAUGUCGCAGCCCUCUAGAGCUGUUUAUAUUUUCAUGAAAAGAAACAAGAUUCCCUUCACAGAGAAGCCUGUGGCUCUUCGCAAGGGUGAACAUCGAACAGAGGAGUAUGCUGCUAUCAAUCCAUUUCAGUUAGUGCCAGCAAUUGAUGACAAUGGAUUCAAGUUGACAGAGAGCAUUGCUAUCUUACGGUACUUAUGCCGUGAACACAAUGUUGCUGAUCACUGGUACCCCAAAGACUCCAAGUCUAGGGCACAAGUGGAUGAAUACCUUGAAUGGCAACAUAUCAACACUCGCUUGCAAUGUGCAAUGUUCUUUCAGCAUAAGUUUCUACGACCAAAGCUGUUAGGUAUGGAAGUUAAUACCAAAAAAGUAGCAGAAUUCCAGGAUCGAAUGGAAGUUGUUCUUGAUCAGUUUGAGAAUGUGUGGCUUAAAAAGCGGCCAUUUAUUGCUGGGAAUGAACUCACCAUCGCUGAUCUCCUUGCUGCUUGUGAACUGGAACAGCCUGGUAUGGCAGAUUAUGAUGUCUUUGCGGGCAGACCGGUGCUUACUGCCUGGUUCCAGCGUGUGAAGGAAGGCUUGCAUCCCGAGUACAGUGAAGCUCAUAGUGUUGUUUACUAUAUACGUAAUAAAUUUGGCGGCAGUGUUCCUGACGCAAAGCUCUAAAAUAUUUAUAAUAUGUUUGGGGGAAUUAGCAAAAUUGUUCUAAUGCUUAUGGUAUUUAUGUUUAUAUUCUACCAUCUAUAGAUAAUUAAAUUUGAAUAUUUCAUAAUGAUGGUUGAGGUGCAGACGACUGAAAAGCCUCUUUGAGAUGUAUUUUUUUCUUGUCUCAGUAAACAUACUUGAAACUUGAACUACUAAGAAUUUUUCAAGAGUUUUCAAGAUUUUUAUGCAAUAUUAACAAAAUUCAUUACAUUAAUUGUAUAUACUAUUAGGGUCUUUACAAUAUUGGAAUCAAAAUUCAGCCAUGUAAAAGAUGAUCAGGAAAGGUGAACUCAAAACACUUUUUAAAUUACAGUUGAUGAUACGGUAUACUGUUAUGCUUUUAACAACAUUGUCAUCGUUUUUUUUUUCGUUUACAAUUUGAAUCUUCCAAUGAAAUGACUUCAAAAGUUUACAUUUACAAAUAUAAAAUAUUGUAAUUUUCAACUAUUUUACUUUCAAAAUAUAGUUUUUAAAACAUAAGAAAUUAUAGACUAAAAAUAUUUUAUAUGCAAUUUUAAAUUGAAUACAAUGUGUAAAUAUUUUUUAAUACAAUGUGUAAAUAUUUUACUAUAUUUUACAUGUAUAUAAUAAAGAAUUUAAAAUGA